AUGGCAGCCGCUCAACCCCUCAACGUGUUUCACGACCUGAAGGACGUAUACCCCGCGCAGACGUUGCCGAAGGAGGAAGCACGAUGGGCAGACUUGGUCUCCCGGUUUGAGAAGGCCUACGGCGCAAAGCCAACGUACAUCGCCCGCGCGCCUGGCCGCGUUAACAUCCUCGGCGAGCACGUCGACUACUCUCUCUUCGACAUUUUGAUUGCGCUCCGGCCAACGACCGAUCUGCGGGUCCGUAUCGCCAACGUCGACGACAAGUUCAAGCCGGCAUCGUUCGAGCUGAAGCAUACCGACAAGGGAUGGGACGCGGGUCUUGUGCCCGUUAACGAAGGAGGUGGCUGGGAGAACUACGCCAAGGUCGCUAUCCUCGAGUGCCUUGCGCGCUUCUUCCCUGAUGGUGCACGAGACGGCAAGCCUCCCGCCGGCCUCGACCUCAUGAUGGCGGGCAACGUGCCGCCCGGCGCUGGUCUCAGUAGCUCGGCCGCUUUCGUGGUCGCCAGCGUCAUCAUGUUCCUCGCCGCGAACAGCAUUACGGGUCUGACGAAGGGCGACGUUGUCAAGCUCGCCAUCGCCUCGGAGCACAGGAUGGGUCUGAGAACAGGCGGUAUGGACUGCGCUUGGCAUGGCCAACUCGGUGUUGCACCUCUCCUUCCACCCGUCACUCGAGGCUACCCCGCUCCCGCUUCCGCCCCAGCUCGCAGUGGUCAUCACGAACUCACUCGCGCCGCACGGUCUCGUCGACGAUGCGCCGGAACGCUACAACCUGCGUGUUGUCGAGGUGCUGUCCGACGGCCGAGCCUCAAAGGGAUGGAGCAGGGACGAGAUGGUGUCUGCCUCUGGCAUGUCCAACCCGACUUUGAGAAGACGUACCUCGACUUCAUCCCCGUCCGCUGCGAGCGUUUCCAGCUCUACAAGCGCGCAAAGCACACGUUCGAGGAGUCUUUGCGUGUAGCCCGAUUCGCGGAGCUGUGCAACGAGAUCGCCUCUGACCCGUCCAAGGCGAACGCCGGCGCCGAGGAACUGGGCAGGCUGUUGAACGGAUCGCACGAGAGCCUCCGUGACCUCUUCGAUGCGACGGUGCCGCAGGUUGAAGAGCUGAGGGAUAUCUGUCUGAAGAAUGGAGCGCUCGGAGCCCGGCAGACGGGUGGAGGAUGGGGAGGGGCGGUCAUCUCGCUGCUGCCUGCGGACCAGGUGCCCGAUUUCGUGGCGAGGGUCACGAAGGAAUACCCCGCGUACGAGGGGCUGAGCAAGGAGAAGAUGGCCGAGGUCGCGUUCGCGAGCAUGCCUGGGUCGGGGGCGGGUGUGUACAAGGUGCCCCAGUAA